AGCUUGAAUUCGGUGAUUUCAAAAGUGAUUUCAUACAUCUUGGCAUAGCCAAAAAAUAUAAUACCUUACUUUUCAUCAACCACGCAUUCUUCGUCUCCAACUCAUCGCUCCUCUCUCUCACACCACCACUCAUCUUCCCAAAUGACUAUCCCUCUUUCUUCGCUUCCCCCCUGUGUAUCCGAGAUCGAAACUGAAGGACAAAAGGCGAGCCAGACAUCAACUCCCUUCAUCCCCUCCUCUGGCGAGAUACAGAAUUCUGGACGCAUACCUUCACUACUACCACAAGCACAAACACAACCUCUUGUUCAGCAAGAGGCGCCUGGCAGUCUGCAGCCAGCUAUCAAUACCAUACCUGAACAAUCCCAAUAUCGACAAUUCACCCCGCGACGUGCCGUAGACGUGAAUAAGGAUCCCACCACUUUUUUUUCAAAACGACAGCUGCCCUAUCAUCGGCCGAGCCAGCAGCAACAGUUUCAGCUACAGCAGCGGCAGCAGCCAGCCGGGCCCUGUCUACAAUUUCGAUGCUUGCUCGUCAUCAACGUGGCCCCAGGGUGUGCCCGACUGUGAGACUCCACUCUCCCCAAUCUCCGCCCAAUCAGCAGCAUCCGUUGCCUCCUCUUCCUCAU